AUGGCUCGAGUUUUCUUUAGAUUUUUCCUCUUAGUAGCCUGUUUAGGUUACUUCUCUACCUCAGCUUUCCCAAACCAUGAGUCAAAAGACUUUCCUGGAGCAGCUGAUGAGGUAGGCAAACUGCCGUUAGUAGACUUUCCCAUUCCCUUUCGCCACUACUCCGGCUACCUCGACUCCAUUGAGGACAUUAAACUGCACUACUGGUUCUUUGAGUCGCAAAAUAAGCCGGAAACCGAUCCAGUGGUACUUUGGCUCAACGGCGGGCCCGGCUGUUCCUCCCUCUUUGGCGCCUUCACUGAAAACGGCCCUCUUCGAGCAAAUCACAACGGCACCUUCACCCUAAAUCCUUACUCCUGGAACCGAAACGCUAGCCUUCUCUACCUCGAAUCUCCUGUUCUUGUCGGUUUUUCCUUCCUUAACCAAACCGGAGUUGAGCCUCCAGUUAACGAUGACAAUCGAACAGUGGCACAAAAUUUCGCUGCUUUAAAAUCCUUCUUCACCGUCAAAUUUCCCCACCUCACCUCGAACGCCUUCUACGUCACCGGCGAGUCCUACGCCGGCCGCUACAUUCCACAGCUGUCGGUGGAGAUUCUCAAACGGAAGUUCCCUUCAAACUUUAUGGGAGUGGCCAUCGGAAACGGCUACCUCGACACCGAUCUAAUCGAUCAAACUAGGCCGCUUUACUGGAAAACGCACGGCCUGGCCAACCCUCUGGUAAACCCUUACAACAUUCUCGCCGACUGCAAUGAUUUCUUCAAGAAUGAGGGCGCCUGCUCGGGAGUGAACUUUCUCUCCGCCUGGAUGAACCGAGCCGACGUCCAACGGGCGAUUCACAUCUACUCGCCCAACGGGUCGCUUCCGCUUCACUGGGUCUUCCUCAACCGAAUGCUUCCGUACGAAUGGGGCACAGGGUCAAUGGCGAAAGAGGUGAAGACGCUGAUGGACGCCCCUCAGGGCUUGAAAGUGGUCAUCUACAAUGGCGACUUGGAUACGUUGUGUGACUUUAUCGCCGAUCAAAGAUUUGUCGAACAACUCGGUUAUGUUGAAGACAAUCCUCCUCAUCUAAAGCAGUGUUGGACUUUUGUGGCUGAAAAUGAUAGAAAAAUUUUGCCCGUUGAAAGUGCAAGUCGAAAUGUUUCAAAAAGCUACUGCGGCUGGAAA